GUCUCGGCGACUAUAAAGCCACUCCGAGCCACCUAAGCUCGCAUCUUUUUAACUGCAGUUAACACGAGAGUCUCGUACGUGGCUUUUCGGUAGAUUCGCGUGUACUUUUCGCACACGUAGUGGUACGUAAGGGUGCACUGAUUGUAAGUCGAAAACGAUUGAAGAAUCCGCCUGUCCUGACUUCCGGAAUACGUCAAAAAUCAUCAUGAAGAUCUUCAUACUGCUACUCGGCUUGACAAUGAUGGCGAGCGCACAACUCAAUAGGUUUCCGACUCCACAGCCGACGCAAUAUUAUAAUCCCAAUUACUACGGCCGGCCUUUCUACGCUAUACUGCGACAAUCGCAAGACGCCUCGCCGGACGGAUCGUAUUCUUACAGCUAUGACACGGAAAACGGUAUCUCCGUAGCGGAGACGGGGCAGCCAAAGAACAUUGGACCUAAUCAGAUCGAGGCGGUCAGAGGUCAAUACAGUUACACGGCACCGGACGGUACGCCGAUUGUGGUCACUUACACGGCUGAUGAGAAAGGCUUCUUGGCGAGCGGCGCCCACCUGCCGACACCUCCGCCAAUACCGGUGGCGAUACAACGCGCCCUGGCAUAUAAUGCGGCUCAUCCUGAAGAAGAUGAUUCCUACAGGAGAUAUUAGAGCUCGCUAUGUCUACGCUAGGACCACUCAACUCGCUUCGAUAUGUCAAAUACGUGGAGCUAUAAGUUGCUGUUUUGAGAUCUUCGCUUUUCAAAUAUCUCAAUGAUACAUUUUAUCGUUAUCCAUCAUUUAAUCAUUUACGAGAUUCUUUCGAAGCGGGUGGUUUGACCGGCUAUUAAUUAUGGAAAUAAAUAUCACAGUGGAAAAGCGGUUAAAUUUUAUGUCUUCUCCUCGUGCUCUGUCGAAAAUAUUUCUGAAAAUCGAAGAUCGUGUUUGUCGAUCAUGCGUAAUUGUUAUAUAAAUAAGCUUUAUCGAGAAGUAUUGAUGUCAAAAUUAGGCAAACGAGACAAAGCACGAUUAGACGACAUAAUAUAAGAUCGAUGAGUACAAGCGACAAGAAAGUACAAGAAUAAAAAUAAAAGAUAUGAAAUAUCAUUCUUAAAUUUUUUUAAAUUUCUCUCUCUUAAAAUUAUUAUAUUAUUAUAUUCUUAAAAUUUUGACCAAUAUAUGUAAGACAAAAAAUAUUGCAUGAAUAUUUUGUUUUACUAAAAACUUAUAUUUUUUGAUAUAGAUAUUAUUAAAAAUAUAUAGAUAUAAUUAAAAAAGAUGCUCCAUUAAAAUAUAAUUUGCUUCGCAAAAAUAAUAUUCCAUAUAUUUUAAAUAGCCGCGAUUAAAGUGUAACAAAAGGAAAAUUGUAUAAAAAAUGCUGUAAUUUAUGGAUAAAAUUGGUAAGCGAUAAUUAUUGUUAUUAAAGUCCAAAUUAUAAUAAAAUAUACGUUGAGCAAAAUGAUCAUACAUUACAUGUGCUAUGCACAACAUCCUAUGUUCAGUAAAAUUCAAUAUUAUACGAGAUAUAAUCUUAAAUAAAAAUUACGAAAUUAUCUUAUUUUUAUCCGAGAGAGAUCAAUAUAUUAGAGAAAUUAGAAAGUUUAUGUUGAGCGGUGCGAUAUUUUCGGAUUAAGUUAUUUCUUGAUCUGUCAAACGAUUACUUCACUUGAAAAAAGUCGCGUUUAUAUAAUAAACACGCACAGAUUACUUUAUCGCUCCAUACCAAAUUAAAUUACGCAUCAUUUUGAAUAUAUGAAAUUUGAAUUAAAUGGAAGCAAUGUUGCUCGUACUCAUCGUGAUGACAGAGCUUAUCGUUUAAAACAUGCCUUAACUCUAAGCAGUAUAAAGUUGAGUCCGUGUAAAAGUAUCAAAUUGAUAAAACUUGUGUGUUAUAAGAAAUUUUACACAUAUCUAUUUUUAAAGAGAGAAUUAAAUUUUUUUUAUUAAAUAAAUGUGUGCAAAAUUUUUAAGAAAAGAAGCGGACUCAAUGAUAAUUCUUUAUAUUACAAAUUUGUUGGAAUUUUAUAUUAUACUGUUUAAAGUUAGCUGACAAAUCAAUGAUAUUAUCAAUGACAAAUUAAUGAUAUUCCGUGCGUAUCUCUUAAAGAUUUACUAAAUAUUAAGUGUUCGCUUUGUUGAUUAUACUAUGAAAAUAUUACUGAGAGAUUGCUCUUGCGAGCAUCGAUUUCUCGAAUAUUUCAUUUUUUUAUUCGGCGAAAAGUUAUACAGAGACAAGGGAGGAAAUAGAAAUUUUGGCAAUGUAAAUGUGUAAACGACAAUAUGUCAUAUCUCAUAAUUGUGUUGUAUUGUAUCAUAUAUGCUAUCUUAUUAAAUCGUUUAAUAACUUAUGCGUAUCCACGUAUUCCAAGUAUCAUAAUCACAUCUAUUAUUAUGACGCGUCGUCUAGAUACGUAUUAAAGACCCGUUCUCCGUGCCUUUUAACAAGAUUUUUAACAAACUGGGAAUGAUCAUCGUACAUAAUAAAUUAUGUUAUUACGCAAAAAA